UUGUCCCCGGCACCUCCCCGAAGCUGCGACGCUCCCCCGCCGAGAUUUCGUUCCCCACGGGGUUUGCGCAAGUCCACGAUCGUGUCCGGACGUUCAGCUAUAUUGCAUCUUUCUUUCGAGAUAUUCUCCAUACAGUCUAGCAUUCAAUGCUCAUGACUAAUCGCACUACGUCCCCGACAUUGUCACCGCCCACCAACAAGGCACCGAUGGUUGUUUCCUUCCACUGCCGCAACUUUGUGCAUGAUGACUUCAGCUGUCACUGCAGUAGCUCCCUUGGAACAGGGGUCCAGAGGCCUUCACGAGGAAGCUACCAGAAAUGACGCAGCAGAUUCGGCGCUGGAAGGCCCCUCACGAAAGAGAAAGAGGACUCGAAAAGUCCAGACAGACCGCAAAUUUGAGUGCAACUUCGAUGGUUGCGGGAAGAAUUAUUCGCGCGCAGAACAUCUAUAUCGUCACCAACUAAAUCAUACGCCAAAACAAAUUUAUCGAUGCGAUUUUCCCGAUUGCCACCGCUCCUUUGUUCGACAAGACCUGUGUCUGCGCCAUCGCGAACGACAUACGACGCAAGGUUCUCAGCUGCAGAAGCGGGACAGUUUUGCGCAGGCUGCAGUCAACAAUGUACCAACUGCGUCAACCGAGCGAAACAGCCCACCGAUACCUAAGAAAGAUCAUACCGAAUCCCCGACUGGAGUCCCAAUAUCUCCUCCCGCAUACAAAUCAGCACUUGUGUCAAACAGAGAUCGGAUAGAUUCUGUCACAGUCACAUUCGGUAACAAUAUUGAGGCCACGGCUACUGCAAGCCCAUCAUCUCAGCCAGGUCAUUCUUCUCGGGCAUACAAAUAUCAACCACCCCGCCCACAGCCGGGCGUUGAGCUAUCGGAUCCCUCCAUAUCUCGCUCUGUUAGCCUGAGCAACCGUACCACCAGCUCUCCCGCGGGCCAGUCAACCACCACAUUCAGUCCUUCGGAUUAUCACCCUCACCGCAGUCAUCCAUCAGCUAGCAUAUCUCUACAUUCUGACGAGGCAGGUCAACAGACGCGGACGCGUAAUUCUGUCAAUGAGACGAGAAUGCUACCUAGCUACAUGGAAGGGCCCUCGAUGGGUCAUUCGGCAUCGUAUGCACCGAUUCCUGUGGGCGGGUACGCAGAUAUCUCAUUCGCCCCAGCGACAGCUUCUACAUCAGCGUCACUGGACACUGUGAGUACCUUUGACGCACUGGAUUCCGUGUCUGGGAUAAUGGCCCCGGGCUCCACGGUGGGAGACCCCGGCUUUGACGCCCUGACCUCCUGCGUCUAUCCGAUCUUUGGGGGAGAGACGCAUAACCGAUCUCCGUUCGCCAUGCCCGAAGAUUUCACGGCGUGGCUAUUCAACGACCCUCUCCCUAGCUCAUCCUCAAUGGGCUAUCCGUCUGCCACCAACAUGAUACCAAACUACCUCAAUGCAAUUCAGCUACAGAACCAAUUUCUCCUAGGUGAUCCUGGUUAUGGGAGUUUCAUGAAUGGAGUAAUUCCACACGACCCAAUGAGCGUGACCAGCAUUCUGGACGCUGGGUCUUCUCGAAUGAGCUUAUCCAACGAUAAGAGACAGGAGCUUCUUGCGCUCAUGGGCUCACGAUUCAAUGAGGCUGCAUACUCGGCAGUAGCAAAGCGCAAGGAUGCCCUCAUGGACGGUGAUCUGAAUGAUGAUCGCCAUGUUCUAGGACCACGCAUGAUGGAGGCCUAUAUCGCAUCGUAUUGGCAUCACUUUCACCCACAGUUACCCAUUCUGCACCGCCCUUCUUUCGUCUUGAACAAGGCUCCUAACUUGCUUCUGCUGGCUGUCAUAGCUAUUGGAGCAUCUACUCUGGACAAGAUGUUUGGGUCAGAUUUAACAGAGACCGCAGCAGAGUUGGCGAAUUUUAUUGCAUGGCAUCUACGUUGGGAGCUUUUCAUGGAUGCUGACUUUCGCCCACCAGCUAAGCUGUGGGUAUUCCAGGCACUACUCCUCCUUGAAGUAUAUGAAAAACUGUACUCUACCCGUGCACUACAUGAGCGAGCCCAUAUACAUCACGAUACCACUUUGACGCUGAUGCGGCGUGGUAGCUCACUGAUAGGCCGCUCCGCACUGGAUUCUCCGGCGAGCCUUAGAGACGAUCGACUAAGUCGCUCAGUCACUGGGUCAACUAUGACGCCUGACUUUGUGGCGGAAGAGUCCUGGACUCAUUGGAUCAAGGCCGAAGCCACGAGGCGUGUAGCAUUCGCGGCUUUUGUGCUGGAUUCAACGCAUGCCACCAUGUUCGGGCAUUCAGCUAAAAUGGUGGCCCACGAGCUGCGGCUGCCUCUCCCGUGUGAUGGAGCACUAUGGUCUGCGACGAAUGCCUCUGAGGUGGCUCGAGUUCAAUCCAGUUUGCAUGCGAAUGGAGUUAAACCGCUCAUGUUUCUAGAUGGUCUGAAAAGGACACUCAAUGGCCAACCGGUCCGAACCAAUGCUUUUGGACGCACCAUUCUCAUGGCAGGGCUGCUGAGUGUCAGCUGGCACAUGAACCAGCGAGAUCUUCAGGUGAGCUCGCUGGGUGUAUUGCAGGCACUAGGGGGCCGCGACAAGUGGAGAUCCGCAUUGUUGCGGGCUUUUGACAAUUGGCGGCGAGAUUUUGACGAGGCUCUCGGGACAUCAGAACCAGGUUCGUUUUCUGGUGGCUACCGAGCACGACAUCCCUGGGACGAAGCCAAUGUCUUUGAAUCGCGCGACGUGCUACACGGAUUAGCACAUAUGGCCUCCCACGUCGACAUCGUUGACUGCCAGAUUUUUGCCGGAGCCGGGCGGCUCAUGGGGCGAGCUAUCACCCGAAAGGACUAUGACGGGGCGCGCGAGAAAAUGAACCGAUGGGCAACCAAGGCUACGGCCCGCGACGCCACAUUCUACGCGUUAAGGUUCCUGUCCGAGUGUCUCUUAGAUGAGGCGCGGGCUCUCGACCAUGACGAGAUUUAUUCGGGACGGGAUGACUACUUGCUCAACCGGCCGUGGGUUCUCUAUGUUGCCGCACUCGUAGUCUGGUGCUACGGGUACGCUCUUGAAGGACCGCUUGAACACCCCACCAAAUUAGUCAGACCUGCGGAGCAGCAACAUGACAUGCAGCAAUUUCUGCGGCGAGUCGGCGGGGUGCGUGAACCCAGUGAUUUGGAAGGGAUGAAAGGCUGCAAUCAAUGCAUGGGGUUGUUGAUGGUCCUUCGCAAUGGGUUCACGAAUACCCGCUGGGAGCUACUGAGCGAGGCGGCCAAUUUACUCAGCAGUUGUAUUGACAAGUUGAACGGAGGCACAGCUCCGUGAUUUAAUCGAAGUAUCGGACCUCGGCAGCAUACUGUGACAG